GUUGGCGAUAAGGUAAUGGUCCUGGCCACGGUAGGGCUCUGGCAAGAAAUUGUGAAUGUGCCGGCUAGGCAAACUUUCCUGAUGCCUGAGGGGAUGAGCUUUGAGGAAGCAGCUGCUCUUCUUGUCAACUACAUCACUGCCUACAUGAUCCUGUUUGACUUUGGGAACCUGAGACCCAACCAGAGCGUCCUCAUCCACAUGGCUGCAGGUGGUGUGGGAACUGCUGUCAUCCAGCUGUGCAAGACUGUAGAAAAUGUCACCAUCUUUGGCACAGCAUCUGCCUCCAAGCACGAUUCACUCAAGGAGAGCGGAGUCACUCACCCUAUUGACUACAGAACGAUGAAUUACGUAGAUGAGAUCCGGAAAAUCUCUCCCAAAGGUGUUGACAUUGUCCUGGACCCCCUGGGAGGAUCCGAUACAACCAAAGCAUUUAACCUCUUGAAGCCAAUGGGCAAACUCAUCAGUUACGGGGUAGCAAACCUGAUCACUGGGCAAAAGAAGAACCUCAUGGCUAUGGCUAAAACCUGGUGGAACCAGUUCAGCAUUAAUGCCUUGCAGCUCCUACACCAUAACAAGGCUGUGUGUGGCUACCACCUUGGAUACAUGGCUGAUGAACAUGAGCUUGUCGGAGGUGUUAUAGCCAAGCUGAUCAACCUGUACACUCAAGGCAAAAUCAAGCCCAAAAUAGACUCAGUAUGGUCCUUUGAUCAGGUGGCAGAUGCCAUGAGGCGGAUGCAGGAGAAGAAGAAUGUUGGGAAGGUCAUCCUGGUUCCUGAAGCGCCCAAGAAAGAAUCCAAAAAAGAAGAGAACUAAGGAGAAGAGAUGUGUGCGGAUCGUGAAUUCAUGGUUUAACUCCCUGAUCUCUUUGGGACCUGGAAAUGGACAGAUCAGUAGCUUCCAUCUUCACCAGUACAAGAACAUCAUGGUUAAAGCUCAGAUGAGGUUUGCACGCUCUCGCUGUGACUGACUCUUUGCC